GUGCUCGGUGCGAGUGCAUUCGAGCCAAGAUGGCGGCAAAGCGCAAGAAGGCCGCGCCGCGCCGGCCCAAGCGCAAGCGCGAAGAGAUCGUCGAGCGAUGCGUCGAGAGGCCGACAGGGCGGACGUACCGCGUGCUCGACGGUCUGCCGGACGACCUUGCGCCCGACAUUUGGGCUGCGAUCGAGCGGUUUGAAGAUGCGCAGCUCGCACCGGCGGAGCGCACGCAAUCUGCAUGUCCUUUGCCGGCCAGCGUUAGUAUGCACGAUGAUUUUUGCCCCGAGAGCGACGACGACGAAGCCAUCGAAGCGACGUACACAGCGCCAGAUGGACCUUCCUCGCCACGCCAUGCACCUACCGUACACGACGUCGGUAUGGUUGACGACAUGAUUGUACCCUCCACACCGUCGCCGACCAAGACCGACGAGGCGCCACCAUCCGAGCCCUCGCCUCCACGAACGGCGCCGACGAGCGCGAUGAGGACCACCUCGACACCGUCGCCCGCCAAGCCCUCGCCUCAAAACACAACCCUCGAGAUUGUGACGUGCGCGAACAUGAGCGCUUCUACGCCGUUGGUUCUCGAAGACAGCGCGACAGAGGCAACUGCGGAGAGGGAUGUGCCGGCGUCCCCCACGCAGCACUCCCCUCCGUCCAUGGUCCACGACGAGCACACGGCGUCCACGCCAAGCGAGACGCCGUACUCGGCCACGAUGCGCUUGUACGACCUUUCUGCUUCGGCACCUCCGCCCUUGGUUUUGGUAACGGACGAGGCGGGGGCUGCUGAGCCAGCGUCGCCGCCCCAUGUGCAAGGCGAUGCCCUGCAAGUGCUGCUCUCGCUCUCCGACAAGUGUCCGACCUUGGCGUCCUGGCUCAAGCACGAAGACGACGACGUACCGCUGGCGUCGCUCGACAACGUCUUUGACGAAUCCGACGAGGCCCCAACGACUAAGAGUGUGCCUCGCGUGGACAUUGGACCGUCCAUGGCAGUCUGGUCAUCGGCGUUGCAAGCGCGUUGUCAUCUUCUUCCGUCGCACGCCGCGGCACCAGUGUCGCCCGUGCUCGUGUACUGGAUCCAGCAUACGUGGCGGAUGCAUGACAACUACGCGCUGGUUGCGCUCUCGCAUCUGAGCCGACAACUCGAGCUACCGGCUGUCGCUUUUUGCGCCCUGCCCCGCGCCAUGGUGUCAGUGGCAUCAUCGCCAACGCACGAGUGCUUCCCGUCCGCGAUCGCCGACGUCCGCCGGCAGCUCCAAGCCCACAGUAUCCCGCUCUACGCGAUCACCGAGUCCACUGACGAGGCCAUCGAGACGCGCAACGCGCGCCUUGUGCAAGCCCUCAACUCGUUUCGUGCGCAACUCGUCGUCACGGAUGACGGACAUAUCACCAGCCGCACGGUGGCCCGGCUUGCCGCGGAGCAGCUCACGUCGUCGCUGCUGCUCGUCGACAGCACCUGCGUCGUGCCGUGGCGACACAUGGCAUUAGUCACCAAGGAAAUUUUUAAGACCACGUGGGCCGUGCAGCUUGAGGACGGCCUCCGGUCGGCACCCCCGCUGGACUUUUGCCCGCGCCGCCAAAGCUCCGUCUUUCCGCCGCCCAUGGCGCCGCCGUUCGCCGUACACACCAUUGCAUGGUAUUUGCUCGACCGGUCGAUGAUGACAGCGCGCAACAUGAGUGAGACGGCAGCGUUGGCGGCCCUCCAAGAGCUCGUGCAGAGCAGUAUGGUGCCACGACCCGCCAUCCAAGACGAACUCCACGGUCGAGGCAUCUUGUCGGCGCUGCCAUACGUUCGGUUUGGUUCCCUCUCGCCCAUACAUCUGCUGCAGUCGCUUUUGAGUCUCCAGUCCAAGGUCCUAUACACCCGUGCGAUCGAACACAUUGUGCUCGCGCACGAGAUGGACGUGCACAGCUACGAGCUCGCGCGGCCCAAGGACCCAGUGGCCGACACCCACCGAGACGACGUCAUUGCACUGUACGAAGCGUACGUUGCGAGCUUGCCGCUACCGCCUGUAAUGACCUCGUUGACGACCCAAUACUUGCCGUACGAGCUGGAAGCCAGCGCGACGAACGACGGCUUUUGGAACAACAUUCAGUCGCACCUUCGAGCCACCGGGUAUUUGCACCCGGUGCUAAGCCGGUACUGGGCGGCGCGGCUCUUUGAGUGGUCACCGUCCGUCGCUGUUGCGCUUGCGACGAUGGAGGCGCUCUUGUUUCGGUACGCCGUUGGUGCGACGAGCGCUGAGGUGCUUGGGCUCCUUCGCCUCUACGGCCACGACGCGCCGCCUAAUGACAGCGCUGAGAAGCUUGUUCAGAAGCAGCUACAAGACGCUCUGAGCACCAAGCCCGAUAGUGGCGCGUAGCUACGGCACCAAUAUCUUGCGUAAGCCAGUAUUUUAAGCGCUGGAAUUUCGCCACGGGCCAAUGCAUUACGCUGCAUCUCUG